GAUGAUUAGCCAGAUCAUAGAGUCUGAGAUCAAUAUCUGUUUGUUUGGCUCACUCACCCACCAUAUAUUUACUCUUUCUACCUCUCUUUCUCCUUUCUCUAUCAUUGAGAACCAAACUGAGAUACCAAUGAAAAGAGAGGGAGUGAAGAAGAAGCCAUGAAAGACAGCAUAAGGUGUUGCAUCUCUUGCAUCCUCCCAUGUGGAGCCUUAGACGUGAUCCGCAUAGUGCACUCCAAUGGAAGAGUAGAAGAAAUCAGCGGCACCAUCAAAGCCUGUGAUGUCAUGAAGGCACACCCCAAGCAUGUCCUGAAGAAGCCGCACUCCACCUCCUCCUCCGCCGCCAGAGAUGGUGGCGGAGGUGGAGGCGGAGAGGAGCUCCCCAAGAUUGUGAUCGUGCCGCCUGAUGCAAAACUCCAACGUGGGAAGAUUUACUUCCUCAUGCCCCUCCCUCCUACUGCAGAGAAGAAUCAGAAGAAAAGGAAGAAGAGGAAGGAACAGAACAACAAAAACAACAACGAUGGUAGUAGUAUUUCUAUGCAAAGCUUGCUUGAUUCUGAUCGCUACUUGUCUGAUAUACUCUCAGAGAAGGUAACUACAACAAAAGACAGAAGAAGGGGGCGUUUUGCUGUGUGGAGGCCUCACUUGGAGAGCAUUUCAGAGACACCAUGUGAUCUCUGAAAGGGUUAGCUAUAUGUCCAUCCAGGAUUCUAAAUUGCGGAACGCAUUGCGUGAUGUGGCUGCAGUAUUGCGGUUGCGGAGGGUACCGCAUCGGCAUUAGACCAUAAUUGCUUAUAGGGUAUCUAUGAAGAGAUUUUCUUUCCCAUUUUUAAAAAAUAUAGAGAAAAUAAAACUCCUUUAUUCUUCUUUUGUCUCUGUUUUUGCUCUGCUUCCUCUUCCUCUGCUGAGGCUUUCUGUGUAUAUAGAGUAGCCAAUACAUGGGGCCUAGAAUUGUAACCAUAUAUAUAUAUAUAUAUAUAUAUAUAUAUAUAUGUAUAUGUUUGUAUCAGUUUCGAAUCAAUUCAGAAACUUAUAACCUA